CUAUGAUUUAAUAAAAUCUAGAUUUUUCAUUAGGAGUUCAUUCCUUGCCACCUGUAGAAAGUUAUGGCAGUUUAGAUUAUUAGAUUAGAUUGAAAGGAAGAGAUAUUCAACACAAAUACCUCUUGUCAUUCAUCGAUCACAUUCCAACCUCUGAAUCCAAAUUGUGUCUAAACCAAAACCUGCCACCAAGCCUUACUUCUCUGCAUGACACACACGCGUCUUCAUCACUUCUCUUCAUAAACAUCAAUGCAUCAACACAAACACACACCUCAAACACCAUUGACAGAGAAAAAUGGGAAGAAUCAAAUUGACCCUUCUGGUUCUGAUGCUUGUGUUGAGCUAUGGAGUAUUGGGAAUAAUGGGCUUUGAUGAAGAUGAAGAUUGGACUAGGGAGAAGGAAAGGAAGAAGGAAGAGGAAAGAGAAAAAGAAAGAGAAAGGGAAGAUGAAAGAGGAGAGCUUCCCUUCAUAUUGAGAGACUCAAAGCAUGUGAUGAAAACUGAUGCAGGGGAGAUGAGAGUGAUGAGGAGCUCUGAUAGUAAAUUUGCUCAAGGACCAUUGAGAAUUGGGUUCAUUACUAUGGAGCCAAAGACCCUUUUCCUCCCUCAGUAUCUUGAUUCUGAAUUGACCAUCUUUAUCCGCAGAGGAGAAGUAAAACUAGGUUUCAUAUACAAGGAUCAACUGGCUGAGAGGAAAUUAAAGACCGGAGAUGUGUACAGGAUUUCAGCUGGCUCAGCAUUUUAUCUUGUCAACACAGGAGAAGGGCAAAGACUUCAUAUCAUUUGUAGCUUUGACACCUCUGAGAGUCUGAGAAUUGGAACUUUUCAGUCUUUCUUCCUUGGUGGAGGAACCAACCCAGCAUCUAUACUCUCAGGAUUCGACUCAGAAAUUCUUGAAAACGCAUUUAAUGUAACACAUGCAGAACUUAAGGAGAUUUUAAGUAGUCAACAAGAAGGUCCAAUAGUAUACAUACCAGAUUCUCGAUCACCAAAAACAUGGGCCAAAUUUCUUCAGCUGAAACAAGAAGACAAGCUUCAACACCUUAAGAAAAUUGUAGGGUUUCAUCAAGGAGAAGAAGAAGAAGACGAAGAAGAAUUGGAAGAAGACAUAAACCAAGAACAAAAUCAGAAAACAACUUGGUCUUGGAGAAAGCUUCUUGAUUCUCUAUUUGCAAAUAGAGAUAAGAAAACUAAAGAUUACAAAGGCAAAGGAAAAUCACCAGACUCUUACAAUCUAUACGAUGGCAAGAAAGGCUUCAAAAACAACUAUGGCUGGAGCAUCGCACUCGACGAGUUUUCCUAUUCUCCUCUCAGGAAAUCCGGCUGCGGUGUCUAUCUCGUCAAUCUCACAGCGGGAUCGAUGAUGGCGCCUCACCUGAAUCCAAAAGCUACAGAAUACGGAAUCAUACUAAAAGGAACAGGAAUGAUCCAAGUCGUUUACCCUAACGGGACCUCAGCGAUGAACACGGAGGUGAAAGAAGGCGACGUGUUCUGGGUCCCAAGAUACUUCCCGUUCUGUCAGAUCGCGUCUCGUGCCGGUCCGAUGGAGUUUUUCGGGUUCACUACCUCGGCUCGGAAGAAUCGGCCUCAGUUUCUGGUCGGGGCUAGCUCGAUCCUCCGAUCAAUGAGAGGUCCGGAGCUGGCGGCGGCUUUUGGUUUGAGCUUAGAGAGAUUAGGGAACUUGACGUCAUAUCAACGUGAAUCUGUGAUUCUGCCGACGUCGGCGGCUUCGCCGCCGGUGAAGCUGGCUAAGCCGAUAAGGAGCUUGAAGGAAUAAAGGAAAAAUAAUAAUAAUAUAAAUAAUAAUUUCGCUUUGGCGGGUUUUUAUUGGGUACUCUGCGAAUGAGCUUAGUUUUUUUUUUUUUUUCAUUUUUGUUAUUGUAGAAAGUGUAUGUUUCUUUUUUUAAAAAAAAAAUUCUGUCUCAAAUAUUAA